GGCCCGCGCGGGCGCGAAAUGGCGCCCGCCGUCACGUGCCGGGGCUUCCCAGGGCGCCUGCGCUGCUGGGACGGCGCGACCGCGGCCGGGCGCCGCCGGCUCCUCCCCUCCGCGGCCGGCGGUGCGGACAGGGCGCUCAGCUGGACGGGAGGCUUCGGAGCUCUUGGCGGGUAACCCCCCCCCACUGCUCUGCGGCUGGCUUCGGCCCUGCCACUGCGAGGGAGCCGCGCCCAGGCGGCGGAGGGGAAAACAGACAGAUGCUUGUGAGUGCCCCAUGGCUGCAGCUGCCUCAGUUCAUUCCUUUGUUGCCUAUUGUAACUUGGAAGCAUUCUUUAGAGACCUACUGUACGUGAGACCUUUCAGGAAACUGCAGUUUGAAUCCAUCGGAUUGUUACAGCCUGAAACCUUCACAAUGAAGAGAGCUAGGCAGAAAGUUGGGGUUGAAAAUGAAGCUCCUCAAACAUCACAGAAAAGCAAAAAGCAGAAAACUUGUUUAUAUGGCUCAGUGUUUGGUGAAUCUGACUUGCACACCUCGAUGGACUGGGGAAGCCUUCCGCACCAUGUUAUUCUGCGCAUUUUUCAGUUUCUACCUCUAGUAGAUCGAGCCAGGGCAUCUUCUGUUUGUCGAAGGUGGAAUGAAAUUUUUCACAUCCCAGAUCUCUGGAGGAGAUUUGAAUUUGAGCUUAGCCAGCCAGCCACUUCUUACUUAAAGUCUACACAUCCUGAUCUCAUUCAGCAGAUUAUCAAGAGGCAUGCUGAUCAUCUGCAGUAUGUCAGCUUCAAGGUUGAUAGUAGUACUGAGUCUGCAGAAGCAGCUUGCAACAUCCUUUCUCAGUUGGUGAACUGUUCUAUCAAGACACUGGGUUUGAUUUCUACAGCAAAACCAAGCUUCAUGAAUGUCGCUAAGGCUCAUUUUGCUUCAGCACUGACAGUAGUUUUUGUGAACUCCAAGUCAUUAUCGUCAAUCAAGAUAGAUGACACACCACUUGAUGAUCCUUCCUUGAAGGUUCUUGUUGCUAACAAUAGUGAUACUCUAAAACUGCUGAAAAUGAGCAGUUGUCCUUAUGUAUCACCUGCUGGAAUUCUUUGUGUUGCUGACCAGUGUCAUGGACUUAAGGAGCUGGCUUUGAACUACUAUAUAUUAAGUGAUGAACUGCUACUGGCUCUUUCAAGUGAAAAACAUGUUGAUCUUGAACACCUUCGCAUAGACGUUGUGAGUGAAAAUCCCGGACAAGUCGAAUUUCACACUAUUAAAAAGCAAAGCUGGGAUGCUCUUGUUAAACACUCCCCCAAAGUCAACAUUGUGAUGUAUUUCUUCUUAUAUGAAGAAGAAUUUGAUGCUUUCUUCAGAGAGGAAACCCCUGUUACACACCUUUACUUUGGUCGUGCAGUCAGCAAAGCAAUGUUAGGUCGUAUUGGCAUGAAUUGCCCAAGGUUAAUUGAGUUGGUUGUGUGUGCUAAUGGACUUCAGCCUUUGGACGAUGAACUUAUUCGGAUUGCUGAGCGCUGUAAGAACUUAACAGCAAUGGGACUUGGUGAAUGUGAAGUAACUUGCAGAGGUUUUAUUGAAUUUGUUAAGAUGUGUGGGGGCAGGCUAACCCAGCUUUCGAUAAUGGAGGAGGUACUGAUUCCAGAUAAUGAUUAUAGUUUAGAUCGACUUCAUUUGGAAGUCUCCAAACAUCUUGGAAGAAUGUGGUUUCCUGAUAUGAUGCCAACAUGGUAAAUUCUCUACAUUUGUGGGUAAACUGGUAGAGUCAGGCGUUGCUUUCUAUGCAAAUAAAGAAUUUAAAAAUGAAAUAUGAAAACUUAAUUUCCAGAUUUGAGUUUUUGUACCUUGAGAACCUCUAGUAGCAUAACAGCAAAACAUUCUAGAAUGUUAAUGGUCUAUUGAAAUAGAAAAUAGAUUAAGUGUACUUAACACUUCUGAAAGUACGUCUGUGGUUUACAGGUGCUUCAAACUCCAGUGAACUUGGGCUUCUCUGAGCUUCGAUUUAAAUGUUCCAUUCACAUUAAAGAAUUUUUUUUUUCAUGUCUGUUUAGUCUUUCCAAUCUAGUCAGAAGAGGACUAUAGAAACUUUUUUCCUUUAGCAAAUCUAACCUUACGGGAAGCUGAAUACAACUUGGAAUUCAUGGAAACCAUAUUACUUGUCAUGUUUUAUACAGCUAUUUUUCAAAAUAUUCAUGUUAUAAAUGUAAAAACUUGUACAUUAAUAUACUUAACACUAGCCCAGGUUACUCAAAUAUAUAAUCUAUCUUAAACUCAUGACAGGAUAUUAAAAUGUUCUGGUAAAUAAGCUUAUACUUACAAAAAAAAAAAAAUUCCAGUUUUAAAUUGCACUUUAAAUAACUUUUGCCAUAUUAGCUAAACUGUAUAGACUGCAUUGUACAGUAUGUUGUUAUUCUGUCUUAUGCAUUAAAUGGAUGGGAAAAAGACCUUGUUAAAAUUAAUUAAUUUAAAAGUUGGAUCUAGACUGAUUGAUUGUGUGGGUGAAUGACAGAGCACUCUGGAAACUGCCAGAGUAUAAGGAAAAACUUCUGGGUUUGAGAAAGUUGAAGUCUCUGAUUAGAGAUUGACGUCUGCAUGCUGUUGCAUGUUCUCAUUAUUAAGAGAAGAUAUGAAGGAUGUCAUAAACGUGGCUAGUGAGAAGGAAGGAUCAAAUGGAAUACGGUUGUCUUUGAUCACUUUCCAUCUGAAUCAAGGGUUUAGAGCACUUAAAAAAAAUAUAUAUAUAUUUGCCAGUUAGAGGCCAAAAUGGCCUGUGGUAAUCCUGCCUAUAUCUCACAGAGCUGUGCUGUAACCCCCGAUUUCUAGAGUAAGGAUUGCUGGAGGUGAUCCUGAAUUUUUUGUUUCAGGACUGUUUAAUACUUGUUGCUAUUAAUUGAUUUUUGAGGAAGCAGGUGUUAUUUCUUUAUUUUCGUUAAAGGGGAAAGGAAUGGUGAGUUGAUGUGAAUUAGAGUAUGUAUUUUUGUGUUGACGUUUUGCACACUGUAAACUGAAAUGCAUCAUAUACAAAUUUUGCUGUAAUUAUUUUCAUGCUGUAGUUGUUCCAUCUUCCUAUUUAUAAUGAGAAGUCUACGUUUGAUUUGCUGGUAGUAUUUCUCACAUCAGAUAAAAUGUCAGUUUCUUCCACACUUACGCUUCUCUACUGCAAAAAUAACAGCUACAGGGUUAAACCGCCAUUGUUUUGGACAGACUUGUUCCCAGUUGCAAGCUAAAGGAUUUAAGAUAACAACAUAUGAGGCCUGUCUGACUUGGUAUUGCAUUAUUGCCUGUUGCACAGUUAAGAAGCAUCUGACUCUGGUUACUAGCACCUGCUACCCAAGCACUUGCUUCUGUAAUAAAGGGGGUUAUAAUUGUCUUUUAAACAAAAGACUGAAAUAUUUCUAAACAGUAUUUGGUUUAAGGUGGGGUUUGCUUUAAAUGUAAACAUAAUAAAGUGGUCUAAUACAUGCACUGAUAUUAGAUUUUUAUCCAUUUGUUGUUGCAUCACGUCCUCCCAUUAUGCAGGGUUCUGUCCUGUUAGAAACCAUCUACUUGACAAACCUGGGCAGAGGCAGUAGAGAUGAUUACCUGCUGGAUUAUAGUGAAUUAGUCAUUGCCAUUUCAUGUUCAUGCCUCAAACUUGAGGAUUUUUGACAUGCUAAAACUAUAAAAUGGCAUAUGGACAAUGUUGUAGAUGGUUGGUAAGUCCCAGAGUCCUCCAUGUCUCUAGCCAACAUAACAGCAUUAAUGAACUAUCAAACACUGGUGGCUAUAUCCAGAAAUGCAGUUCAGGAGGAAACUAAAAUGCUUUGAAUAUUGUCCCUUUCUCUGUCCCUGUUACUAAAGCAGAUUUUUCUGUGAAGUCGUGAAUGUUAGCUUGCUCCAGCUCCAAGCUUCUAGUAAAAUGGGCCUGCAUUUUUUAAUGUUGUGAAUUUUGGUGUGAUUUCUUUUUUUUUCCGGUGCAUUCACUCCGCUAACUGAUCUUAACAAGACCUGUUGAUACUUGGGUUUAUAACUAAAUGUCAACAAAAUGGAUGCAUUGGUCUCAAUGUGAAAUAUUGAUUGCUCACUGGUAGAGUGGGAAACUAAUUUUAGUUCUUUUCAUUCAUUAGUCGGUCAUCCUUAAUGACUGUGGUGGAGGUAUUGUGCUUGGCAAGAACCUCUGCAGGUAGCUGCCUGCUGCCACUACUUCCUGGUAUCCCUUGUGUAGCUGGGGCUUCAGAGCUCUGCCUUGUCCUGUCUGGGGCGAGGUUUGGCUCUUUUAUUGGCUUUUCCUGGUUUUACUGCCCUGCAAAGGCUUUCUGCAACCCCAUCUCUGAAGUGUAUAAUGCAAUCAUACAGUUUGUUAGAGUAACAAGAACCCUCAAAAUGAAGCACAGAACUUCCCCCCCCAUGUGCUAAGGAGAUUUGUAGGGUCAGUAGGAAGUCCAAGUUGCAGUGAGAAGCUAACAGUAGUGCACCUCUUCUGCCACAUGAGGGGGUGAGAGAUUUCAUGCUCCCUGACUUUUCAGACUCCUUGAGAAAGCUUAUAAUUAGUCAUUGUUAAUUUCUGGAUUCUCUUGUAAAUGCAAAUUCCAACAAAAACCUGACUCUUUUUUUUUUUUUUUUUUUCCUUGUGUGGAGUCCCUUUUGCCACCCAAUAGAGACACUGGUGGUUCUGGCAUGACAUCUCUAAACAGCAUAUUUUAUUCCUUGUGGAGUGUUUAAAUAAAUUUCCUUCUACUUCUCAGUUCAGGUACCUUCAAAAUCUAAAGUAAUCUUGUUUGCCAAGGUGUAGUUCGUCAGUUAGCCCAACAUACAAUGCUUGCAACUAUUACAGGUACUUAAAAACCAGUACCAAACUGGUAUCUGGAGUGUGUAUCAAUGUUAGCACCUUGCACUAUUGUGUAAGGCCCAAAGUCAUAUCGAAUCAGUAGUAACAUUGUGCAUAUUGUGUAACUUUUUUAAUUAUGUAAAAUACACUUUUUCUUUCCUUCCUUCACUGAGAUGGGCUGUCCACAUGAUAAAGAAAAACAACUUUUGGAUGCUGAGAUGAAUUUAUUUGGAAUUUACUGCAUUUCCAUUUCACACUUUCUGCCCUUUCCCCCUUUCAAGAUUGGAAGUAGGAUCUGAGUGAUCGCAGUUCUCAACAUGAAUAUGAGAUGUGAUCCCAGGAAACACUCUUUGCAUUGGCAACAUUUUCCCAAGGAUUUGUCCCUUAGAAAUUCUACCGUUGUAUCUGAUGGGAUGGAUGCAGAGUAGUUUUACACAGAAGCCUGGUGAAAACAAGAGGAGGGAAAACAUCAGAUGACCGAUGAAGCCUUUGUUUAUCUGUACUAACUCUAUUUCUGAAAUAUUAAUGUUUUCUGUCUUGUCCUUUCCGCUGAGAUAGCAAUAGUGCAAAUACCAAAAUAGCAAAGACACUGUCAUCAUAAAAAAAACUAGAGAUAAUGGUUGGAGUUGUUGGCUUGGUGGAAGAGGGAAGGUGGGAGGCAGGGAGAAGGUGGGAAUUCCUGCUUCAAUAAAGAGAAGAGCUCAAAAACAUUCUGUGAAACUGAGUUAUUUGCAUUGUAACACAGGAGCAAAAAGUUCGGCAUGUAAAUGGAUAGAUGAUGCAGUGUUUCAAAACAUGUACCUUGCUUAACUGCUUGGCUAGCUGCAA